AUGAAACCUUUCUAUCGGUCGAUCUUUUUUAGCUCUCAGUCAGAUUCUCUUUCUAUUUACAUGAAAAGGAAAAAUAUCCACCCUCUCUCUCUCUCUCUCUCUCUCUCUUUUUAUAACGUCCAUUCCUUCUCUCUCUUCUUUCUCCCUUCCUACCCUUCAAUACAUUCCUCCUUAUUAUCUCAUGAAACCUUUCUAUCGGUCGUCUUUUUGGCUCUCAAUUCUCUUUCUAUUUACAUGAAAAGGAAAAAUAUCCACUCUCUCUCUCUCUCUCUCUCUCUCUUUUUCAUAACGUCCAUUCCUUCUCUCUCUUCUUUCUCCCUUCCUACCCUUCAAUACAUUCCUCCUUAUUAUCUCAUUGAAACCUUUCUAUCGGAAAAAUAUCCACCCUCUCUCUCUCUCUCUCUCUCUCUCUUUCAUAACGUCCAUUCCUUCUCUCUCUUCUUUCUCCCUUCCUACCCUUCAAUACAUUCCCUCCCUUAUUAUCUCAUGAAACCUUUCUAUCGGUCGAUCUUUUUAGCUCUCAGAGAAAAUAUCCACCUCUCUCUCUCUCUCUCUCUCUCUCUCUUUCUUAACGUCCAUUCCUUCUCUCUCUUCUUUCUCCUUCCUACCCUUCAAUACAUUCCCUCCUUAUUAUCUCAUGAAACCUUUCUAUCGGUCGAUCUUUUUAGCUCUCAGUCAGAUUCUCUUUCUAUUUACAUGAAAAGGAGAAAAUAUCCUCUCUCUCUCUCUCUCUCUCUCUCUCUCUCUCUUUCAAACGUCCAUUCCUUCUCUCUUCUUUCUCCCUUCCCUACCCUUCAAUACAUUCCCCCCUUAUUAUCUCAUGAAACCUUUCUAUCGGAGAAAAUAUCCACUCUCUCUCUCUCUCUCUCUCUCUCUCUUUUUAACGUCCAUUCCUUCUCUCUCUUCUUUCUCCUUCCUACCCUUCAAUACAUUCCCUCCCUUAUUAUCUCAUUGAAACCUUUCUAUCGGAAAAAUAUCCACUCUCUCUCUCUCUCUCUCUCUCUCUCUCUUUAUAACGUCCAUUCCUUCUCUCUUCUUUCUCCUUCCUACCCUUCAAUACAUUCCCUCCCUUAUUAUCUCCUUGAAACCUUUCUAUCGGAAAAAUAUCCACUCUCUCUCUCUCUCUCUCUCUCUCUUCUUUCUCUCAUAACGUCCAUUCCUUCUCUCUCUCUUCUUUCUCCCUUCCUACCCUUCAAUACAUUUCCUCCCUUAUUAUCUCAUGAAACCUUUCUAUCGGACGAUCUUUUUAGCUCUCAAUUCUCUUUCUAUUUACAUGAAAAGGAAAAAUAUCCACCUCUCUCUCUCUCUCUCUCUCUCUCUCUCUUUCUAACGUCCAUUCCUUCUCUCUCUUCUUUCUCCCUUCCUACCCUUCAAUACAUUCCUCCCUUAUUAUCUCAUGAAACCUUUCUAUCGGAAAAUAUCCACUCUCUCUCUCUCUCUCUCUCUCUCUCUUUUAUAACGUCCAUUCCUUCUCUCUCUUCUUUCUCCCUUCCUACCCUUCAAUACAUUUCCCUCCCUUAUUAUCUCAUUGAAACCUUUCUAUCAGACGAUCUUUUUAGCUCUCAGUCAGAUUCUCUUUCUAUUUACAUGAAAAGGAAAAAUAUCCACUCUCUCUCUCUCUCUCUCUCUCUCUCUCUUUUCCUAACGUCCAUUCCUUCUCUCUCUUCUUUCUCCUUCCUACCCUUCAAUACAUUUCCUCCUUAUUAUCUCAUGAAACCUUUCUAUCGGACGAUCUUUUUUAGCUCUCAGUCAGAUUCUCUUUCUAUUUACAUGAAAAGGAAAAAUAUCAUGAAAAGGAGAAAAUCUCUCUCUCUCUCUCUCUUUUAUAACGUCCAUUCCUUCUCUCUCUUCUUUCUCCCUUCCUACCCUUCAAUACAUUCCCUCCCUUAUUAUCUCAUGAAACCUUUCUAUCAGUCGAUCUUUUUUAGCUCUCAGUCAGAUUCUCUUUCUAUUUACAUGAAAAGGAGAAAAUAUCCACUCUCUCUCUCCCUCUCUCUCUCUCUCUUUCAUAACGUCCAUUCCUUCUCUCUCUUCUUUCUCCCUUCCUACCCUUCAAUACAUUUCCCUCCUUAUUAUCUCAUUGAAACCUUUCUAUCGGACGAUCUUUUUAGCUCUCAGUCAGAUUCUCUUUCUAUUUACAUGAAAAGGAAAAAAUAUCCUCUCUCUCUCUCUCUCUCUCUCUCUCUCUCUUUCAUAACGUCCAUUCCUUCUCUCUCUUCUUUCUCCUUCUACCCUUCAAUACAUUUCCCUCCCUAUUAUCUCCUUGAAACCUUUCUAUCAGACGAUCUUUUUAGCUCUCAGUCAGAUUCUCUUUCUAUUUACAUGAAAAGAAAAAUAUCCACCUCUCUCUCUCUCUCUCUCUCUCUCUUUCUUUAA